AUGGAGCGCAGGGUCAAGAGAGCACAAAUUGAUGCAGUGCCGAGGAAUUGUGAAACCAUUGGCGAUGCCAUAAGGUACGCUCUAGCGAAAACGAGUCAGCUUACAGCCGAUGGUGUUCCCAUGUGCAACAACCGAACACAAUGUGUUGUGGUAACGGGGUCAGAUGUGUUCCCUGACCCUUGUCCAGGGACCUACAAAUAUCUUGAGGUCCAAUAUGAAUGCGUCCCUUACAUUUUUGUUUGCCCUGGGACUCUGAAAGGGGUUGUGGAGUCAGCCUACAUCACUGAGGCUGAGCAGCAAUCUGGUGCCUGGUGUAAGGACCCCCUGCAGGCUGGGGACAAGAUUUAUUACAUGCCGUGGACACCGUAUCGCACAGACACCCUGAUGGAGUACGCCACACUAAGUGACUUUGUCUCUGGGCGCCACACGACCACUUACAAGUUGCCCCACCGCGUCGACGGCACCGGGUUUGUGGUCUAUGACGGGGCGGUCUUCUUCAAUAAGGAGCGGACGAGGAACAUUGUCAAGUAUGACCUAAGGACUCGGAUCAAAAGCGGGGAGGCCAUCAUCGCCAGCGCCAACUACCACGACACCUCCCCCUACCGCUGGGGCGGCAAGUCAGACAUCGACCUGGCGGUGGACGAGAACGGCCUGUGGGUCAUCUACGCCACCGAGCAGAACAACGGCAUGAUGGUGGUCAGCCAGCUGAACCCUUACACUCUGCGCUUCGAGGGCACCUGGUACACCUCGUACGACAAAAGGUCAGCCUCCAACGCCUUCAUGAUCUGCGGCGUCCUGUACGUCGUGCGCUCGGUGUACGAGGAGAACGAGAGCGAGACAGGCAAGAACUCGAUAGACUACACGUACAACACCAACCUGAGGCGAGAGGAGUACGUUGACAUUCCCUUUCCCAAUCCCUACCAGCACGUAGCAGCUGUGGAUUACAACCCACGGGACAACAUGCUGUACGUGUGGAAUAACUACUUCAUCCUGAGGUACGCUCUGGAGUUCGGACCUCCCGAUCCAGCCCAAGAACCCACCACCGUCGAGACCACAUCCUUGGCGACUGUUGGCAUGAAGACCACGGUGGUGACCACAACCCUGACCACCACAGAGAGAGCACCCGCCACCAGCACGCUGGCAGCAGGCACCAAAGAGGGCAGCCGUGGGCCCAAACCAGGACUCCCUGAUGCUGGGACGAAAACACCGUCCGUGUCCAGCUUCCUGCCCGUUCCGGAGAGAUUCUGUGGGGCUACGCAUGCCAGGGAAAUAGGCUGGCCUCAGACCCAGCAAGGCCUCAUGGUGGAGCGUCCAUGUCCUAAAGGCACUCGAGGCACUGCCUCUUAUCUCUGUAUGGUUUCCACUGGAAUGUGGAACCCUAAGGGUCCUGAUCUUAGCAACUGUACGUCACACUGGGUGAAUCAAGUGGCUCAGAAGAUCCGGAGUGGCGAAAAUGCAGCCAACCUGGCAAACGAACUGGCCAAGCACACCAGGGGACCCAUCUACGCAGGAGAUGUGAGCUCCUCGAUUAGACUGAUGGAACAGCUGGUCGACAUUUUGGAUGCCCAGCUCCAGGAGCUACGACCCAGUGAGAAAGAUACCGUGGGUCGAAGUUUUAACAAGCUCCAAAAAAGAGAGAGGACUUGUCGGGCAUACAUUAAGGCCAUCGUGGACACUGUUGACAAUCUGUUGAGACCGGAGGCUCUGCAGUCGUGGAAGGACAUGAAUGCAACAGAACAGGCUCACGCAGCGACGUUGCUACUUGACACGUUGGAAGAAGGUGCCUUCGUCCUGGCUGAUAACCUCAUGGAGCCAACCACCGUCACGGUGCCCACUGAGAACAUAGUUUUGGAGGUUGGUUUGCUGAUUACAGAGGGCCAGGUGAAGGAUCUGAGGUUUCCCCAGGGCUAUAUGGGUGGGAACUCGAUCCACCUUUCAGGCAACACCAUCAAGCAGAACAGCCGAACUGCGAAACUGGUCUUCACUCUGUACAAGAGCCUGGGGCAGUUCCUGACCACGGAGAACGCGACAAUCAAGAUGGCGGGUGAUGGGACUGGGCGGAACUACUCCAUUGCAGUGAACUCCCACAUCAUCGCGGCUUCCAUCAACAAGGAGUCCAGCCGCAUCUAUGUGACGGAACCAGUGGUCUUCACCCUGGCACACAUUGAUCCUGACAAUUACUUCAAUGCCAAUUGCUCGUUCUGGAGUUACUCCGAGCGCACUAUGACAGGUUUCUGGUCUACUCAGGGGUGCAAGCUGAUUGACACUAACAGGACUCACACCAAGUGUGAGUGUCGGCACCUGACCAACUUUGCAAUCAUCAUGGCCCACAAGGAAAUCGAGUACUCCACUGAGAUGCACGAACUGAUCCUGUCCAUCAUCAGCUGGGUGGGAAUUGUCAUCUCCCUUAUCUGCUUGGCCAUUUGCAUCUUCACUUUCUGCUUCUUCCGAGGCCUUCAGAGUGACCGCAACACUAUCCACAAGAACCUCUGCAUGAAUCUGUUUAUCGCAGAAUUUAUUUUCCUGGUGGGCAUCGAUAAGGUCGACUAUGAGGUCAAUCUUGUCUUCUUGAUCAUCACUGUGUACAAAAUGGUGAAACACACACCGACGUUGAAACCGGACUCGAGCAGGUUGGAGAACAUCAAGUCUUGGGUUCUAGGUGCUUUUGCUCUGCUAUGUUUACUUGGCUUGACUUGGGGAUUUGGACUGCUAUUCAUCAAUGAGGAAUCUAUCGUAAUGGCCUAUCUCUUCACAAUCUUCAACGCUUUCCAAGGAAUGUUUAUUUUUCUCUUUCACUGUGCUCUUCAGAAAAAAGUCCGUAAAGAGUACAGCAAGUGUUUCCGCCACUCGCAGUGCUGCAGCGGGUUAACCGGUGACAGCUCCCACAACUCUGCCAAAGCGUCAACAAGUAGGACCAGCGCUCGCUACUCCUCUGGCAGCCAGAGUCGUAUUAGAAGGAUGUGGAAUGACACUGUGCGAAAACAAUCAGAAUCUUCCUUUAUCUCAGGUGAAAUCAACAGCACUUCAACACUUAACCAAGGGAUGACGGGCAAUUACCUACUAACAAAUCCUCUUCUGCGACCCCAUGGCACUAACAACCCUUAUAACACGUUGCUUGCGGAAACUGUUGUCUUUAAUUCCCCAUCAGCUGACGUGUUUAGCUCACCAGUGACCUACAGAGACACAAGUCAUUCACUGAGCAAUGGACAGGACACCAGCACGAUGGAUACUCUACCACUUAAUGGGAACUUCAACAACAGCUACUCUAUUCGGAACGGGGAUUUCUCCAACGACAGCGUGCAGGCGCUGGACUGCGGCUUGAGCCUGGGCGACACGGCUUUCGAGAAGAUGAUCAUCUCCGAACUGGUACACAACAACCUCCGGGGCAGCCACAAGGCCCAGAACCUCGAGCGCAGCCUGCCGACCAAGAUGGCCGCCACCGACCGAGGCCUGCCUGCCAAGAUGGCCGCCGUCGUCGCCAACAACAACAGCAGCAGCAGCGAGGACGACGCCAUCGUGGCCGACGCUUCGUCCCUGGCACGCGGAGACCGGCCCGGCCAGACUCGGCAGCCUGAGCUAGAGGCCCCGCUGAUCCCUCAGCGCACCCACUCCCUCCUGUACCACCAGCAGAAGCGCGCCGAGCCUGAGGCCGAGGCAGCUGAGCUUACUGCCAAGGCCCAGGACUCGGUGCAGUCGCCCAACAGAGACUCCCUAUACACGAGCAUGCCGAACCUGAGGGACUCCCCAUAUCCACAGAGCAGCCCAGAACCAGAGGAAGAUCUGUCGCCCUCCAAGAGGAGCGAGAACGAGGACCUUUACUACAAAAGCAUGCCCAACCUCGGUGCUGGGAACCAACUGCAGACAUAUUAUCAAAUCAGCAGGGGCAACAGUGACGGAUAUAUUAUUCCCAUUAACAAGGAAGAAGCUAUCCCAGAAGGCGAUGUGAGGGAAGGACAGAUGCAACUGGUAACUAGUCUUUGAAACAUAUUCGCUCAAAAAAAACUCAACAUUUUAAAAACAAAAUCACAGAGAUAAGGACCUCUGAUAGGUGCCACCCCACGUAUCUACCUGAAUGGAAAGUGCAGCCACUGUGGUGCUUUUUAGAUUGUACAGGAACACAAAGGAAAAAAAAACAGCUGGCUCCUGCAACUCUGUCGCGAAACAGGGAAAGGACUCUCUGGCAACACGGAAGCCAUCUUGUUCCGUCACAAACUGAACCAGAAAAGUCACUGGGGGCGCUCUGCGUCCUUGUGCUGAUGCUUUGGGAGAACUUCUGGCUAUUCCAGUGCAGCUGUUUUUGAACACAGUUGUGUGUGUGUGUGCGCAUGUGUGUGUGUGCACAUGUGUGUGUGUGUGCGCAUGUGUGUGUGUGUGUGUGUGCCUGUGUGUGUGUGUGUGUGUGGGCGCGCGAGUGUGAGUGCGUGUGUGUGUGUAUAUAUAAAUAUAAAUAUAUAUAUAGAGUUGCACCUUGCAUUCCUCAAGCCCUCCACUUCCUACCCAGUCCAGUGGGUCAGGGAGCCAGCCAACGAUGGGAAGACCUUGCAAUAGUUGUGUGUAAUACCUUAAUUGUCCUCCCGAGAGAGGCUUUGUUGAACGCAGAGAUGAACUGUGCUUCACUGGCUGCUUUUCUUAAAGGGCCGGUCGUCUCCUCCCUGAUUUGUGAAUGGAGACCCCCAUCCAGCCAAUAGCAGCCCAGCCACAGGCCUUACACAUCACGUUCAUUAUUCAGCUGUACAGCUUAUCUGUUCUCACUGAGAAAAGGCUAAAGAAAAUAUAUAUUUUGUUGUAUUGCUAUUGUAAAAUAAAUCGAAUACAUUGUCAGACCUGAGAAUUUUAAACAGAAGAAGUUCGAUGAAAAUAUUGUGUGAAACUCCCGGAUUGCACAUAUGAUGAAAAAAUGUGUUUCUGUUCUUUCAUUUGCGACUUGUCCACCAUGCAGAUCGAGCCAGAAGCGUUCCCCCCUCUUUUUCUUCUUUUUAAAUCCAUUGUUCUCGGUUUUUUAAGGGAAAGCCUUUCUUCCUGUUUCCCUGAAUUUGCUGUCUGUAACGAUUUAUUAUUUGGCCAAAUGAGUUGUGCCCCUUCAGUCUUCGUUGAGUCAUUCAAACCAGUUGUGCCAAGUCUGAUGAGCGCAAUUAAAUCAAUCUCCAUUUAUUUUGACUGUAAUAUACUUG